GUCCGUAGAAAGGCCGCUGUCUGUGGUUUCCAUAGCAACGCUCCAAGCACCCUCUGGGGACUGCCCCUAGCAACCGCCGCGCGACCUUAACAACCGGCAGAGAAAACAUGGCGGAGGAAGGGGAAAGGAUCGUGAGACCCAAACGGAUCUUCAUCAACAACUUGGAUUCUUACGUCGCCCGGAACAUAGGCAAGUAUCUGUCCACUUGUGUGUCUGGAGCAUCCCUGGAAGAAGCAGAAGAAGGAGGCGAGGAAGAGGAGAAGCAGUCCGAGCAUGAAGAUGUGGCCGACAGUAACGCCAGACAAGGGCUCCUCCAGGUGGUGGGAACUCUGUCCACUCCUGAAGAGAAGCUCAAAUUCCCAGUGGAAACUUAUGUGAUCUCAAGCAGAGACGAACUAUUGAAUCAUCUGCUGGAGAGCGAUGUCAUCAUCUACAACAUCACCGAGGAGCCGUCUCAGAUUGAGGAGGCGUCAUGGGCCGUGUCUGCGCUUCACACCGAGAUUGAGAACUUUGAGAGCCAAAAACUUUUCAUAUUGCUAUCGACAGUCAUGACCUGGGCGAAGAGCAAACCCCUUGAUCCGGAUGAUCCUGAAAUCCCUUUCACUGAAGACGACUAUCGGAGAAGGAAAUGUCAUCUGGAUUUUAAAGAUCACAUAAGUGAUGAGAAGCUGGUGAUUAAGAUGGGAAAAUCUAACAAGGGUAAAUUUUCAAGCUAUGUCAUUGCCUCCGGGGUGCCUUAUGGAACAGAAGAGGGUAUUCUUCAUACAAUCUUUAAAGAGGCUUGGAUGGGUGAGACGCCUGCAUUAUCCAUCUAUGGGGACGGACAGAACAUCAUCCCACUGAUUCAUAUUGCUGAUUUAGCCAGUGUGAUACAGAACGUAGUGGACCACAGGCCGAGAACCCAUUACCUGGUGGCAGUGGAUGAUUCAGCGCACACGUUGGAGGAAAUUGUCAAGUGUAUCAGCACUCACCUUGGGCCUGGAAAAACACAAAAAGUAUCUAAGGAGGCGGCAUUCCUGAACAAAGAGUUGACGCAACUGGACAUUGACCACUUACUGGUGAACCUGAGGAUGGAGGCUGUGUUCUUAAAGGAGAACUUCAAUAUUAACUGGGUGUCCCAGACUGGGAUUGUGGAGAACAUUGAAUCCGUCGUCAAAGAAUAUAAGCAGAGCCGAGGUUUACUGCCUAUACGGAUCUGCAUUCUUGGCCCCCCAGCUGUAGGAAAGACAACAGUCUCAAAGUUACUAUGCAAACACUACAAACUGCAUCACAUCCAUAUAAAAGAUGUAAUAACAGAAGCUAUUGAGAAUCUGGAACGAUUGGCGAAAUCUCCCCCAGAAGAUGAAGAGGAGGGAGAAGAAGGCCCAGAGGCAUCACAGGAAUUAUUGGAUUCUAUUAAAGAGAACAUGGAACAAAAUGCAGGGCGCCUGGAUGACAGCUAUGUGAUCCGCUUCAUGAAGGAAAAGCUGAAAUCCAUGCCUUGUCAGAACCAGGGUUAUGUCCUGGAUGGAUACCCGAAGACCUAUGAACAAGCCAAGGAGCUUUUUAACUCGGAAGAAGGUGAAGAAGAAGAGGAGAGCAGGAGUAAAGCGCCGCGCUUCGAUAAAACCAUCACCCCAGAUUAUGUUAUUUCAUUGGAUGCAUCUGAUGAGUUUCUUAAAAACCGGGUGAUUAACCUACCGGAGAGCAUAGUUGCUGGAACACAUUACGCUCAGGAUCGCUUUCUGCGAGCUCUUGCCACAUUUCGUGAAAUAAACACUGAAGAUGAAACCGUUCUGAACUAUUUUGAUGAGGCUGAAAUCCAUCCUCUUCAUAUUGAUGUUUCUAAAGACGAUGAUCCCCAAUAUAGAGACGUAAUAAAGCAAAUUACUAAGGGGGUCGGGGAACCUCGGAACUACGGCUUGACACCAGAUGAACUGGCAGAACUGGAGCUGAAACAAGCAGAGGAGAGUCUUGCCCAAGAGGCAGAAAGAAAGGCUGAAUUAGAGAGGAUGGAGGCUGAAGAGGAAGCGGAGAAGAUCGCCCGAUGGGAGGAGUGGAACAGUCGCCUUGAAGAGGUAAAACGCCAAGAGCAUGAAAUGUUGGAAGCGCAGUCAGUCCCUUUGAGGAAUUAUUUAAUGAAGAACGUCAUGCCAACCCUGAUAGAGGGACUGAACGAAUGCUGCAAAGUCAGGCCGGAUGACCCCGUGGAUUAUCUGGCAGAAUAUCUGUUCAAGCACAACCCUCAGAUGUAGAAUGAAGAUGUAUUUAAAUGUUACCUGCUCAAUAAAAACCUGUGUAAUACAUUAAAUAGGUGUUUCUUGUUGGUAAUAAAGCUGUCUAAUAUAAAAAGAAUAAAAGUUAGAAAAAUACGA